GGAUAGGAGGUCAGUGAUCUGAAGCCUGGUGAGAUAAACCGAUUUCGGGCUAGAAAGGGUGCAGAAGUAGGCUGAGUUCUAGCCGGUGGCGCGGGUGGAGGAAGAGAAGGAAUGCAUUUAAAGGGGCCCGAGGCCCAGAAUAAGAUAGACAUUUAAAGGGACAGGUGACCCGAAGAGAAGAGAGAGACAUUUAAAGGUGCAGAUAACCCAGACAGAACAAAUUCCAGACCUGCUCGGCAGACGGCGAGGUCUAAAGUGGUAGGUCUUGGAAAGGACAUGGCACUUUAAGGGAACAGGAAUCGAGCCGCUUUUAGGAGCCUGGGGCUUGAGUAUACGUUAAAGAGGCCGAAGAAAAGGAGGAUUGAGCCUUCCUCUAAAAAGGAAGACCUGGCGGCCCCUCAGUGCUUACGGCCCCUAUUUGGGGUUCUGAGCGGCUACUGGAGAACCUUGCAAAGGAGCAGACAGGGCAAGACCAUGGCAUCUAGGGCCCCUGAGCUUCCUCCAGGACGCAGCGUGACGGCGGGCAUCAUCAUUGUUGGAGAUGAGAUCCUUAAGGGACACACUCAAGACACCAACACUUACUUUCUGUGCCGGACACUGCGCUCCCUGGGGGUCCAGGUUUGCCGAGUCUCUGUUGUACCCGAUGAGGUAGCCACCAUUGCAGCUGAGAUCGCCUCCUUCUCCAGCCGCUUCACUCAUGUCCUCACCGCAGGAGGCAUCGGCCCCACUCAUGACGAUGUAACGUUUGAGGCAGUGGCGCAGGCCUUUGGGGAGGAGCUCAAACCACACCCUGAGCUCCAAGCAGCCAUCAAAACCCUAGGAGGGGAGGGUUGGGAGAAGCUGUCGAUGGUGCCCUCCUCUGCCCGCCUGCAUUAUGGCACAGAUCCUCGCACGGGCCAGCCCUUCAGGUUCCCGCUGGUCUCGGUCCGAAAUGUCUACCUCUUCCCAGGAAUUCCGGAGCUGCUGCGGCGAGCCUUGGAGGGACUGAAAGGACUGUUCCAAAACUCAGCUGUACAAUUCCACAUGAAGGAGUUGUAUGUGGCUGCUGCUGAGGGCUCGAUCGCCUCCGUCCUAACUGAGGCCCAGGCCCACUUUGGGCGUAGGCUUAACCUGGGCUCCUACCCUGACUGGGGCAGCAACUACUACCAGGUGAAGCUGAUUCUAGACUCGGAGGAAAAAGAGCCCUUGGAGGAGUGCCUGGCCUAUCUGACCGCACAUCUGCCUCAGGGAUCCCUGGUCCCCUACCUGCCCAACGCUGUUGAGCAGGCUAGUGAGGCUGUAUACAAACUCGCUCAGUCAGGAUCUUCUCUGGGGAAGAAGGUAGCCAGUGCCCUGCAGACCAUUGAGACCGCCCUCGAUAGAUACCACCUCUCCAAGCUCUGUGUGGGCUUCAAUGGUGGCAAGGACUGCACUGCCCUCCUACACCUCUUCCACGCAGCUGUGCAGAGGAAAUUUCCUGAUGCUCCAAAACCUCUCCAGAUCCUGUACAUCCAUAGCAUCUCGACUUUCCCUGAGUUGGAACAGUUUCUACAAGACACCAUCAAAAGGUAUAACCUGCAGGUGUUAGAAGCUGAGGGUGACAUGAAGCAGGCCCUGGGUGAGCUCCAGGAAAGGCAUCCCCAGCUGGAGGCUGUCCUGAUGGGCACCCGACGGACUGACCCCUACUCUUGUAGCCUGAGCAGUUUCAGUCCCACCGACCCUGGCUGGCCUUCAUUCAUGCGCAUCAACCCACUGCUGGACUGGAGCUACAGAAACAUCUGGGAUUUUCUGCGUCAACUGUUUGUCCCGUACUGUAUCCUGUAUGACCGAGGGUAUACGUCACUGGGGAGUCAGGAAAACACAGUGCAGAACCCGGCCCUGAAGUGCCUGAGCCCAGGAGGGCGCUCCACCUACCGACCAGCAUACCUGCUGGAGAAUGAAGAUGAGGAGAGGAACAACCGCACGUGAUCUCACACCAGCUGGGGAUAAGGCAGAGGGCAGGGAGCAGGCGUGGGAAAUAUUGUCUGUCAUGUCAGUAAAUCGUACUUCACACA